AUGUCCUCGGCCUGUCGCAGGAUUGCGACGACGAGGAAAUCAAGCCGGCAUUCAGAAGGCUCGCUCGACAGCUGCAUCCGGAUGUGGAGACGGGCAGCGAGGCCCGUUUCAAGCGGCUGGUCUGGGCUUCACGGGAGCUCGCCAGCGCGGCGGGGCGGAAGAAGUGGCGAGCGCGAGGCAGCGGCGAAGCUAUGUCGCUGGAAGAGUACGAGCUCGAGAACGAGGAUUUCGCAUUCGACUUGA